AGGCCACCGAAGCUGUCCGUUUUCACAGAAAACCGCGCAGACGCAGAAAGUCUGCGGACGAGGCUGAGUGUCGGCGACGCGGAGCUACUGAAUCGGUCCAAGAUGGCAGAGGUGGAGGAGACACUGAAGCGACUUCAGAGCCAGAAAGGAGUGCAGGGAAUCAUCGUGGUGAACACCGAAGGCAUUCCCAUCAAGAGCACCAUGGACAGUCCCACCACCACACAGUACGCCAACCUCAUGCACAACUUCAUCUUGAAAGCGCGGAGCACCGUGCGUGAAAUUGACCCCCAGAAUGACCUCACCUUUCUUCGAAUUCGCUCCAAGAAGAAUGAAAUUAUGGUUGCACCAGAUAAAGACUAUUUCCUGAUUGUGAUUCAGAAUCCAACCGAAUAAGCCACUCUCUUGGCUCCUUGUGUCAUUCCUUAAUUUAAUGCCCCCCAAGAAUAAUGUUCAUCAUGUCAGCAGACUGGCACGUGGAAAUCGCCUUAGAGCCCACUCAGAUCAAUCCAGUGACCAUGGGUGGGCUGGCAGCUCUGCCCACCCCGCCGAAGGAACCUCCCUGCUGCGCCAGUCUCCCCAGAGUUCCCAGGAGGGCCCUCUUUCCUCACUUCCAGGUUCUGGAGCAAGAGCUUGUGAGAAGCCCACACCCAGCUUCCUUCUGACCUUCAGUUCACUUUGUUGCCCUUGGAAAAAGCUGUUUUUCUUUAACUAAAAAUAACUGAAAUGCUUA